CUUAUGUUAUGUAUUGUUUUAUACUGUUACUUCUAUUUGGGACAUGUAACCGCAUCACGAGAGAAACGUCAAAUAUCGCAAGCAGUCAUCGGAGCAUACUUAAAACAGGCACUAGCGGAGGCUAAUCAAGAACUUGCGCAUAUGAAGGCUAUUGAUAAAAUGAUGGUAGAUCAGGGUGUCGAUGCACCAGCAGGAAGUAGAUCUUACUCUUGGCAUCUUGGUCGUUUCUUGUAUACUAAAGAUGCAAAGAAAGUAAGGAUAUUGUCAGAUAAAGCCUGGGUUACAGUCAGGACAACAAAAAAACUAGUCGAAAGGACUGGCUGGACGUUAGCAGAAGUGCAGAUCAACCCAUACAUUGUCAAUGAAUGGAGAUUACAAGUUGCUGCAUCAUGCCCUUUCAUGGAGCCAAAGUGUAACAUAUACACCAGAUACAGAACUGCAGAUGGUGCAUGCAAUAACUUAAUGGAUCCAAGUCUCGGAGCUGCGUUAACUCGCCAGAGAAGAAUGAUGGAUAACGCAUACGAAGAUGGUAUUGAUUCUCCAAGGAUACACUCGGUUCUUGGUGGCUACCUGCCUAGUCCUAGAGUUAUAAGUAAUGUCAUGCACAAAAGUGACUGUUGUCCCCAGUUCAGUGACCGCCUAGCCGUAGCAGUUAUGCAGUUCGGACAGUUUAUAGAACAUGACGUCAUAUCUACCCCAAUGAUUACAGGAUAUGAAGGAGCUGAUAUUCAGUGUUGUGAUACACCACCACACAUUACUGCCCAAAGGGCAGCCUGUCUUCCCAUUGCUAUCCCACCCAAUGAUGAACGAUUCAAGAUCAAGUGUAUGAAUUUUGUCAGAGCGACACCCGGACUAAAGAAGAACUGUGACAUGGGAAUAAGGUCACCAUUGAAUCAAGCUUCAGCAUAUUUAGAUUCAUCACAGAUCUACGGUACAGACACAGAAGAACAACACAGAUUACGUUCAGGAUUUGGAGGUUUGAUGAACAUUACCGUAUUGGGACUUUUGCCAGCAACAAGUAAUGACCACUGUAUAAAAGAAAUGAACGGAGACUACUGUAUGGAUUCGGGUGACUUUAGAGUAAACCAUGUACCAGGCUUGACAGUUAUGCACACCAUAUUUGUACGUGAACACAACAGACUUGCCACGACACUUUCACUACUAAACGUCCACUGGGAUGACGAAACCAUAUUCCAAGAAACUAGGAAGAUUAUUAACGCCGUACAGCAACAUUUAGUUUAUAAUGAGCUUUUGCCAACAAUUUUGAAUCACGAAUACAUGACAAGAUAUGGACUAUAUUCUAAAGCUCAGGGUUGUGAAGAUGUUUAUGAUAUGAAUGUUCAAACAGAUAUUAUGAUGGGUUUCUCUGGUGCCGCAAUGAGAUUCCCGCAUACCAGGAUUCCAAAUGUUCAGGCAAUGGUCGACAAACAGUUUGCAAGACGAAUGGACGCACCAAUUUCUGAUACUUUUGACAAACCAAAGUUUAUCUUACAAAACAUGGGACAAGCCUUGAAUGAUUUUGCUAGAUGGCUAACAACGUUUCCACAAAUGAAGGACGAUCGGUUUGUUGAAUCUGGUGUAAGAGAUUUCUUGUUCAUGGACGAGAGUGGAAGAAGUUUUGACUUGAUAUCGUUAAAUAUCCAGCGUGCACGAGAACAAGGAAUUCCUCCAUACAACGAAUGGCGAAAGUUAUGUGGGUUGCCACCUGCUAAUUACUUCUACGCUGGCCAGGGUGGCUUGGUAGAUCACAAACCUGAUGUUGUUCAUUUAUUGUCAACUGUUUAUAGACAUUGCGAUGACAUAGAUUUAUUUACUGGAGGUUUAACAGAGACGCCACUUCCAGGAAGUCCCAUUGGUCCUGUAUUUUCUUGUAUAAUAGCAACACAAUUUGCAAACCUUAAACAAGGUGACCGUUUUUGGUACGAAAGAGAUGCCCCCAUUACAGGAUUUACUCCAGCUCAAGUUGAUCAAAUAAAGAAAACAAAGCUUUCAUUGGUCUUGUGUAAGAACUUAGACUUCCCGUUCAUCCAAAGUCAAGCUUUGCUUCUACCAAGUCAACAAAACCCUAGAGUGAGAUGUGACUCCAUGCCUGAGAUUGAUUUAGACUUCUGGAAAGUGUCAGCUUAAAAAAAUAAUGAUGUAGAAUACUUAGCAAAAUGUGUCAGAAGGACAGACUAUUAUGUUUUUAACUUUAACCUAUUGUUAAUGAUAUGUAAAUAUUCAUCAUGUAUACUUUCAUUAAAAAUAUA